AAAUGUACGUGCACCCGCAUCAGCAACUCUCUGGGGCCGAUUGAAACUGGCCGGGGGAGUGUCACUGGCUAGAAGCACUUUCUUCCUGUUUCACUUCAAAAACUAACUUCGAUUUAUUCCUUGUCAUUUUGUGAAUGUCGGAGAACAUUAGCCCCACAAAAGUCAUCCAACAGCAAGCGAGCUUCAUGCCAGCUGCUUCUAGCACGCGUCUCACGACCACGGGCUUCGUGUCGAGGUAGCUAUGUCGAUAAUUUCAACUCGAUAAAGACUUUUAAAGUUAGCAGCAGCUGGUUAGUUACUAACGUUAGUUUGCUAGCCAGCUAUUAUGGGCAAAUGUUAUGCGUUCGCUAGUAUCUGAACAACUCAAAUGUAUUGCUAACGCAAGGUAGUGAACCAAAUGACUGACAACAGCAGAUGAAUGCAAAACGUAUUAUGAAAAUAGGUACAUUGAUUUCGAGUCUAACUUUAACUGUGUCGUGGCUAACGUUAACUACAAAUGGGUGGCUAUAUUGGUUGUGGAGCUUAUUACUGUAUGCCUUUGUUGUUUUGGACUUUGCGACCCUGUAGUUAUUUCUGACACAGUAAUGUAAGUUAAACAUUUUUUAAUUAAAGUGUCCACUAAACCUAACUAGGUAUAUAAAAAACGGGACACGUAAACUGACUAUUGAGACAAACUUGCUGUGCGGAUUUUGAGAAGUCUACCCUGGCCUCUCAGUUCCAUUACAUUACACAAGUAAUUGUCAUUAGACGAAGGCGUCUUCUACUAUGAAGUUUUGUUAAGAGCCCCGACGCUCGGUCUGAACAUUAACGCGCAUCGCUUGCGGUACGGUUUUGGAAGCAUAACUACCUUAUCUUUCUGCGAGAAAAUGUUUCAAAAAACGUUAAAUUGAUACACACCUUUUUAUAUGGUUAGUAUUCCCACACGGCCAAAUAUCCGUGUUACAGCGCGUGUUUGGAAGAAAGAGGGACUAACGUUACCUGUGCUAGUUAGGUAUCUAGAAUGCCAGAAAUGUGUAGUCACUGAAAAAUACUGUCGGCAGCAACUGUGAUAAAGCCGAUUAAAACAAAGUACAGUGAGUGUCUAUUUUGCAUUUGUGAAAUUAUUUUGAUGUGAUAUGAAAGUAAUGGGCUUUAUGUUUUUAGAACCGUAUCGCAACUGAGAAACGAUUCACGUUUAGAUGGAGUAUUUAGCUGUUUUGGUGGUGGUAAUGCACCUUAAAGUUGGUUGCCAACCGCCAUAUAAAGUCCGAAGAAGCCUGAAGGAGAGAUUACUAGAAACGAACUCUGUUUACCCUGUGGAUUAAUUGUUGGAGUAGAGGACCUUGUCCAUUUCAGGUAAAAUAACAACCCAAUGUUUAUAUCCCAGGACAAAUUAGCUCGCAACAGGAAGCUAGUUAAAUUGCCAUACAUGUUUAAUGCUUUUCGACCUGUACCCAAAUUAAUAUAGUUGGUUCAGAGUUCAUUUUGAUAUUUCAACCUCCGUGUCCUGAUCGUGUCUGGUGUGGGUGGACAAAAUCCACAUGUGCGCAAUGGCAAGCACGGAGAGGUCUGGUCAGCAUGUAAAUUCAUCUUUCAAUCACCCAUGUGGGUAUAUGCUCCUAAAAACAAUGAGGAGAUGGGAGAGGCAGGACUUGCAGCAUGUCAAGCGUCACAAAUAGAACCAAGUGCUAUUUUAGUGCCUGGCUACACAGACUCGCGUGAGCAGUGUGGGUGCAAUGAUUGAAUAACAUGUAUGUGUACACGCGACGCGGGUGAUGUGGUCAGCAUGUUUGUCCAUUAACAGACACGAUCAGGACACACAGGUUGAAAUAUCAAAACGAACUCUGAACCAACUAUAUUAAUUUGGGGACAGGUCGAAACACAUGAAACUUUAAAGGCCAUUUAGCUAGCUUGCUGUUGCUAGCUAAUUUAUCCUGGGAUAUAAACAUUGGGUUGUUAUUUUACCUGAAAUGCACAAGGUCCUUUUAUUCUGGAUCUUUGUAGAAUUUGGACCCGUUUUGAGUAACACAAAAUCGUGUUCUCUGCUCUGACAAUUAAUCCACAGAUAAAAGGGGAAACCUAGUUAGGUUCUAGUAAUCUCUCCCCCUUUGUCAUCUUCUUUUGUGGACUUUAUAUGGCGGUUGGCAACCAACUUUAAGGUGCGUUACCACCACCGACUGGAGUGUGGACCUCAGUUCAUCUUUCAAUCACCCACGUGGAUAUAUCCUCCUAAAAACCAAUCAGGAGAUGGGAGAGGUGGGACUUGCAUCGCGUCAAGCAUUAAAAAUAGAACCAAGUUAUAUUUUAGCGCCUGCAGACGCGAGCAGUUUGGAUGAAAUGAUUGAAUAACAUGUAUGUGUACAUUUAUUUUGCAGCGCACACAACGCUGUAUUCAGCAUGUUAGCCUGUAGGCUACUACUUUAGAAUGAGGGGGGGGGGACAGCUGCCUUUCACUAUUUGUGUUAUUAUCAAUAAAAAAACUAAACAUUGCAUGGACAUGGUCAGACUAAAGUUAGUUUUACAAGUGAUUUAUUGUUUGUACAACUAGACUUCCUUAACUCUUCACUACAUUCAGGUGUGAAACCUUUGCAGUUGGCCUCUGGAUGCCUGAGGCACCCAGUCACUUUUCCCUCAGCUGUGCUCCACUUGAUGCAAUCUGGUGGCAGGCAUUUCCUUAGCAGUUGAUGUGGAUCUGCCUCGCAGUUUGGUAGGUGCUGUUAGGUCUGUCUUGUUUUGGUCUCUAUGGCAGUGUGUUUGUGUGUGGCCUAGCUAUUAUUGAGUUGCACAGGUUACCUACCACAGGGGACCCAGAGCAUAAACACGUGACUGAGAAUUGGCCCUGCAGUGGUCGAAGACACGUUUACUAUUUCUAUGAGGUUGUGCAACUCCUGAAUUUCAAUUGUGGCUGCUUACUGAACUGACUGGAUUGAAAACUGAUCAAUCUUAUCGUCAAUUCAUGAGAGAUUGAGGGUGUAGCCUAAGCCUAGUUAGUAGACCUCCCCUUACAUGCUGUAAGACCUGGGCCUGUAUGUAUUUAUAAAGUGUCUUAGUGUAGGAGUGCUGAUCUAGGAUUUGUUUGACCUUUUGGACUAUAAUUAAUAUUAUAAACCGGUGGUUCGCGCCCUAAAUGUUGAUUGGCUGAAAGACACGGGUAUGACAACAAAUUACUUUUAACUCUUCUAAUUACGUUGCUAACCAGUUGAUAAUAGUAAUAAGGCACCUCUGGGUUUUGUGGUAUAUGGCCUAAUAUAUAUAUAUAUAUAUAUAUAUUAUUUAUUUACAGACGAUAGUUAAGCCUAUUUGAACAUGACGGGCACCGCCGGAGUCAGGCAGUGCACAACAGGGCAGCGCACAGCCGGGUAACAAGCCAAAUUACCUACCUUUUCCUAUAGAUCCCCACAGUGGAGGUGUCAUAAUACCCAUAAACCUAGCGGUCAAACAGGGAAAUGGUUCCAAUCAUUUUUCCCAUAGGAGAGUUUAGAAACACUUAAAAUAAGGGCUGUGUUUUGUGUAGGCUUACCCUGGCGUGACGUUUUGAUUACCAUGUAAAUCUCUCUCGGACAAGGUUACUUUUAUCAAUAUAUUCGGCUCCUCUAUUUACCCUGAUUCGAAAAUGCUAAUUAGCAUCAACGUAGACAUCAUGCAAGACUUCAAAUCCCUGCAAGCUCCUGCAUGUCAUCUCUAGCUGACACCUUGGCUAACAGUUAUUGUGUCAAUUUAAAACGUACCCAAGACGGUUCACAGAAUUGUCAAUUUUAAAGAAAUGUAGUCCAUUUAUUCAUUACUACAUUUAACUAACUUAAUUCAGAGAUUCUUAACUUUGCCUUGAUUCGGCAGUCUCGUCCAGAUCAUCAUGGCAUUUGUAAUGCUUUAUGAUUUAUUUAUUUGCAUUGGUAAGAUGAUUUCACAUUGUCGUUUAAUGAUAAGACUCUAAUCGCAUGGUUUGUGCAUGAGAGGCUGCGUGACAGAUUGUUUACUACGACGUGUCCCCCCCCCUGAACAGCUUCUACCCCCAAGCAAUAAGACUGCUAAUCAGUUAGUUAAAUAGUUAACCAAAUAGCUACCCGGAUUAUCUGCAUUGACCCUUUUUGCACUUUUGACUCAUCACAUAUGCUGCUGCUACUGUUUAUUAACUGUCACUUAAUUCCUAGUUAUGUACAUAUCUACCUCAAUUACCUCGUACCCCUGCACAUUGACUCGGUACUGGUACCCCGUUAGCCAAGUUAUCGUUACUCGUUGUGUAUUUUAUUAUUACGUGUUUUACAUUUCUAUUAUUUCAAAAAAGAUAUCUCUGCGUUGUUAGUAGGGGCCCGUAAGUAAGCAUUUCACUGUUAGUCUACACAUGUUGUAUUCAUCACACUUCGUAAACAAUUUUAUUUUAUUUGACUCUUGAAUGCUUUGGGUCCUGGAGUGGAGACUGCAGUUCGGCUUCCUCUGUUCACGUUUGGGAGAUAGGAUAUCACUCCAUCAAGAACCUUGUCGCCAGCCUGUGCUCCUGCAGCUCUGACUGCAAACAAGCUCUGAAUUAAUGAUGGGAGCCCUACUUCUAGUAGCUAAAAGCCAGCUACCUGCUCUCCUUACUGACAAAAGUUUGAGGCCACCGCCGUUCACUGCUGAUCUCUCAUUUCAAUUGCAAUUCCAGUGUCAUUGAUUGAGCCCUAUACGACGUUGGACGUCCGAACAUAAUACCACCACUGCACUGUAACAUCAGCACUUCAGUUGUUUUUCUUAUAGCCUAGCCUACCUCUUCAACCUCUCCUACAGCUAUUUCUCCACUGCAUCACCACAGCCCUUGCUCAUGCCCUUCAAAUUGCUCUCAAGUUUGUCCCACUCAUACCCUGCCUCUUUAGUCACUCACUACUCACUCUGUUCCUGAUCUUACCCAUUCAACACCUACUACACUCUUUAUUUUUCUCCCCCAAACUCUUUAGUUUGUGGUCUGUCUUCACUAACCCACUCUAUCCAUCUUAACACGUGUGUCCCCAGGUGGGGUGCCCGUCUAAGAGUCGUCGUGUUUCCAGGUGUGGAGCAUGUGGGCGUCCUGCUGUAACUGGUUAUGUCUGGACACUGCCACGGUGGAGGAGAGCAACAGCAGCACGCGUCACCAGGCCUAUACUAACUCAGGCUACAGCAGCUACCCGUCGCCCCCACUCCCGGACCACACGUGCAAAGCCUGCGGAAGCCGCUUCGUCACCCUAGCCAGAAAGGUACCUAAAACCCUCUUAGCCCACCUUUUCCCAAAUCCAGGCAUUGAGAUAUGUAGCACUGCAGGUUUUUUAUCCUUCCUCUCUAAUCAGUGGUUGAUUCAGACCUGGCCAAUUAGAAAUGUAUCAACAUUGAUUAAAGGGAUAUUGCAAGAUUCUGGCAAUUUCUACCUACCCAGAGUCAGGUGAACUCAUGGAUACCAUUUUUAUGUCUCUGUCCAGUAUGAAUGAAGUUAAGAGGUUGUUUCGUGAGCCAAUGCUAACUAGCGUUAGCGCAAUGACUGGAAGUCUACAGGAAUGGAUAGCUUGCAGAGAAAAGAGAACCAGCAAUACGCCAGACCUCAAGGCUGACUGAGUAUCCAGCGCUUAGCUUUUCCUACACCCUUCAAUUCCUCCAUUAUCUACUAGAGGCAUGAAAAGGGUGAACCUAAUGCAAUGGUGAUGUACUUUUCUGUACCUGAACCAGCCUCAGGGCAAGAUUUGAACAAGAGCAUUUCUGCUUCUUGGUUUUCUAUAUCUAGGCGUUACGCUGUCAGUGUCGGGUUAAAGCUAGAGUUGGAGCAUAAUCUGGGACAAGUUUUAAAAGGAACUAUUUUGGUCCCUACAGUGGGGAAAAAAAGUAUUUAGUCAGCCACCAAUUGUGCAAGUUUUCCCACUUAAAAAGAUGAGAGGCCUGUAAUUUUCAUCAUAGGUACACGUCAACUAUGACAGACAAAUUGAGAAAAAAAAAUCCAGAAAAUCACAUUGUAGGAUUUUUAAUGAAUUUAUUUGCAAAUUAUGGUGGAAAAUAAGUAUUUGGUCACCUACAAACAAGCAAGAUUUCUGGCUCUCACAGACCUGUAACUUCUUCUUUAAGAGGCUCCUCUGUCCUCCACUCGUUACCGGUAUUAAUUGCACCUGUUUGAGCUUGUUAUCAGUAUAAAAGACACCUGUCCACAACCUCAAACAGUCACACUCCAAACUCCACUAUGGCCAAGACCAAAGAGCUGUCAAAGGGCACCAGAAACAAAAUUGUAGACCUGCACCAGGCUGGGAAGACUGAAUCUGCAAUAGGUAAGCAGCUUGGUUUGAAGAAAUCAACUGUGGGAGCAAUUAUUAGGAAAUGGAAGACAUACAAGACCACUGUAAGUAAGCAUUUCACUGUAAUGUCUGCACCUGUUGUAUUCGGCGCAUGUGACCAAUAAAAUUUGAUUUGAUUUGAUAAUCUCCCUCGAUCUGGGGCUCCACGCAAGAUCUCACCCCGUGGGGUCAAAAUGAUCACGAGAAUGGUGAGAAAAUAUCCCAGAACCACACGGGGGGACGUAGUGAAUGACCUGCAGAGAGCUGGGACCAAAGUAACAAAGCCUACAAUCAGUAACACACUACGCCGCUAGGGACGCAAAUCCUGCAGUGCAAGACAUUUCCCCCUGCUUAAGCCAGUACAUGUCCAGGCCCGUCUGAAGUUUGCUAGAGUGCAUUUGGAUGAUCCAGAAGAUCAUUGGGAGAAUGUCAUAUGGUCAGAUGAAACCAAAAUAUAACUUUUUGGUAAAAACUCAACUCAUCGUGUUUGGAGGACAAAGAAUGCUGAGUUGCAUCCAAAGAACACCAUACCUACUGUGAAGCAUGGGGGUGGAAACAUCAUGCUUUGGGGCUGUUUUUCUGCAAAGGGGCCAGGACGACUGAUCCGUGUAAAGGAAAGAAUGAAUGGGGCCAUGUAUCGUGAGAUUUUGAGUGAAAAUCUCCUUCCAUCAGCAAGGGCAUUGAAGAUGAAACGUGGCUGGGUCUUUCAGCAUGACAAUGAUCCCAAACACACCGCCCGGGCAACGAAGGAGUGGCUUCGUAAGAAGCAUUUCAAGGUCCUGGAGUGGCCUAGCUAGUCUCCAGAUCUCAACCCCAUAGAAAAUCUUUGGAGGGAGUUGAAAGUCCGUGUUGCCCAGCGACAGCCCCAAAACAUCACUACUCUAGAGGAGAUCUGCAUGGAGGAAUGGGCCAAAAUACCAGCAACAGUGUGUGAAAACCUUGUGAAGACUUACAGAAAACGUUUGACCUGUGUCAUUGCCAACAAGGGGUAUAUAACAAAGUAUUGAGAAACUUUUGUUAUUGACCAAAUACUUAUUUUCCACCAUAAUUUGCAAAUAAAUUCAUAAAAAAUCCUACAAUGUGAUUUUCUGGAUUUUUUUUCCUCAUUUUGUCUGUCAUAGUUGACUUGUACCUAUGAUGAAAAUUACAGGCCUCUCUCAUCUUUUUAAGUGGGAGAACAUACACAAUUGGUGGCUGACUAAAUACUUUUUUUCCCCACUGUAUAUAUAACUUUUUGUGAAAGUUGGGAAUUGUUAUGGCCAGGGAGGGAAAAUAAGCUAGCAGACACGAUUGAUAAUCAUUGUGUGUCGGUCUCCUAUCUCCCUGCAGCAUGUCUGCGUGGACUGCAAGAAGAACUACUGCGGCAGGUGUUCGGCCCAGCUUGAGCCCCGGCCGCGCCUCUGCCACACCUGCCAGCGGUUCCACGGCACGCAUUUUGAGCGCACCGAGCUGAUGAAGCUCAAGGUGAAGGACCUGCGCGACUACCUCCACCUGCACGAGGUCUCAACGCAGAUGUGCCGUGAGAAAGAGGAACUGGUGGAGCUGGUCCUGGGACAGCAGACACAGUCACCCUCUGACCCAAUGGUAAACCCUCUGACCCAAACACAGACCGCCACCCAGCAUGAGACAACUCCUCCUCCAGACCCCACCACCACACCCUCCACACACCCCGACUCCACCUCCACAGACCAUGUCCCUUCACAGCCGCCACCCACUCAGGAGGACAGUCAGGUGAGGCCCGAACCCACCAUACCACACAUGACUUACCCCUGUUUCUGUCAUACAUUCAUUUACCAUUUUGUCCAUCACCUCACCUUUUGUGUUAUGUAGCAAUAGCUUGUGAAUGGAUAACUAACCUUCUGUAUGGCCCCUCCAGUUAGAGCAUGGCUAACUAUAGCUCGCUAAUGUGGUGUAUGGUGGGUUUUUGCUCAUAGACCCUGUCUGUGUUGGGUCCUGAGGAGCCACUGGACACUGAGGGAGACACAGAGCCGCAGGUACUACAGCCUGACCCUGAUCUUGAAAGCGUUGCAAUUGUUAGGGCCAGGAGUUGUUCCUGGUCGGGUCACUUGGUGAAGAAAAACUCUUGGCCCUAGCCAUGGUACCACUAUAGCAGCGAUGGGCUUCCUCUCCUUGGCUCUGGGCCUGUAUUCAUAAAGCCUCUCAGAGCAAGAGUGCUACUGGGUGAUCUGAAAAGUCAUAGUCAAUUGAUCAAUAACAUAAUACUAUUAGCAAAAAUGUUUAUUUUCAAUUCACAAUCUGUAGAAACAAUGAGAAUAGAAAGGUUCAGAACUUUUGUAAGACAUCACAGUACAGUUGAAAUAUAUAUGGCAAAUAGAAAUCCUAUAUGGAUGGUGUUAAAAGAUAGAUGGGUGGUGUUGAAUGGAAUUGAAGGAUGGGACUAAUAACAACUAACAACAAACAAUAACAAGAUAACUAAUAAUGUAGGCACGCUGUGUCCAUAAUAAGUGUAUGGGUUGUAGGUUGGGAGCUUUUGUGAAGGAGCACAGUUAGAAAGAUAUGGCAUAUAGAAGCAAACCGGAUGGACAUCAUGAAAAUGAUCGGAGAGGUUGAGAGUAGAAGAAGUUCAGGAGAAAGAACAAACAAAAUGUAAUUAUUGUAAAAUUGACUGUGUCCAUAAAAUGUAGAUAGUGGGUAUGUGCUGGAAGUAGAGGCCUAGGCGUUGUUGUUCACUAGUUUACUCCAAGUGGGGAAAGGGUGGCGGGGUUGGAAAGUAAUAAAGGGGAAUAUAUAUAUAUUUUUAAAGGAUAUGUAUGUAUGUGGGUGUGUAUGUGUAUAUGUAUGUAUGUGGGUGUGUAUAUGUAUAUGUGAGAAAAAAAAGUGCCCCCCAGAUUCAUUACUCUAAAUGACAAAACAAUAGCGGAUUUUAGAUCAGCACUUGAUUUUAUUUUAAAAUACAUUAAAAUGUUACACCAGGCAACAGAUACAUAUACCAAAAUUGCUGAGGAUUAUAAACACAGUCUAAAGACUUGUUUCCAUUGUGGUCCUCUUGGUAGGCAAGGGCUGCAGAGCAAAACAAGUGACAUGGGCACUGUCAUAGAUUCACUCAAUCAUAGUGUCCAAAUAUUUAAAUGUAUACAAAAGAGCAAAUAUACACUAAUAAGCAUCCACUAGCGCAGAGGGGUUUACACUUGGCUAGGAGGCUAUCUCAACAUUAACCAUGCCUUGCAGGAGUGUUUGAACCUAAGACUGGCAAAAACAAUUUUUAUCAAUUUUUGAGUAAGGCUGUGACGUAACAAUGUGGAAAAAGUCAAGGGGUCUGAAUACUUUCCGAAUGCACUGCAUCUAUUUUUCAAUCAUUGGUUGAAAAAUAAAAUUAUCAAUUUGAAAAAAAGGUUUUCCUUAUCCAGGAUAAUAAACAAAAAGGAGUACUCAGUAUCUACGUAGAUUUGCGUUUAUUUUAGAGUCUGGCUUACUUUUUGGCCGUAGGAGCCUAAUCAAUAUAUUUAGUUUAAUCAUACCGUAGGAGAUCAGGCUAGGGACUGUUUUAGACCCUCCAGUGCCAUUGUGCUCAGACAGAGUCCCAAUGUAAAGCAGUGUUUUGUUGUUCGAUGGCUCGCUGCCCAUGUCUGCAUGGUGUGUCCCAUUAUUCACCUGUCUGUCAGAAUGUUCCCCUUGUAGCCGAGCAGUAAUCUAUUCUUAUCCCCACUGAUGGAUAGCAGCUUUGGCAUGUAAUGUGGCGUGUUGUCAUUCCCCGCACUGGCUGUGAAAGACCCCAUGUGACUGACACUGUUCCUCUUAAUACAGUUUGGGUUGGGAUAGCUAAACAAGAUAGUUAGUGUUGUCACACGAUGACACACAAGUUGUCGACCUAGAGAUUAUGGUUCUUUGAGAUCUGUCUUGUGGCGUAGGUUCUAGGCCCGUAUUCAUAAAGCGUCUCAGGUCUAGGAUCAGUUCCACCCGUCAAUGUAAUCUUAUUAAUGAUGUUCUGUAAGGGCAAUACUGGGGCCUCCAGAGUGGCGCAGCGGUCUAAGGCACUGCAUCGCUGUGCUUGAGGCGUCAAUACAGACCCGCGUUCGAUCCGCGACCGGGAGACCCAUGAGGCGACGCACAAUUGGCCCAGCGUCGUCCGGGUUAGGGGAGGGUUUGGCUGUCCGGGAUUUCCUUGUCCCAUCGCGCUCUAGCGACUCCUGUGGCGAGCCAGGCACAUGCAUGCUGACACGGUCGCCAGUUGUACGGCGUUUCCUCCGACACAUUGGCUUCCGGGUCAAGCGAGCAGUGUGUCAAGAAGCAGUGCGGCUUGGCAGGGUCGUGUUUCAGAGGACUCAUGGCUUGACCUUCGCCUCUCCCGAGUCCUUACAGGAGUUGCAGUGAUGGGACAAGACUGUAAUUACCAAUUGGAUAUCACGAAAUUGGGAGUAAAAGGGGUAAAAAGUCUCAAAAGAAGGCAGAACUGACUCUAGAUCAGCACUUUAUGAAUAUGGGCCCUGUUCACAGUUAGUGUAUGGAUCCCUUUAAUCAAUCAUUCUGACAUUCAAACAUGAUGGCUGUCAAUGUGAUGUGAUUGUUCACGAUUUACAUCUGACCUUAGAAAAUGUGUGUCAUUCCAUUCUAAUGAACCUGUAACCUUUUUCACCAGAUUAUCUAUGUUAUGCCAAUCAUCAAGUACUGGGGCGCGUUCAGAAGGGUGCAACGUACUGAACAUAGCUGUUAAAAAUGUCAUCGAGCUGACUUGAUACCUUACUCUUAGAUGCACUUGUUAGUUAUAGAUCAAUGCAUGUCUGUUUUGCAGGCCCUUAACACAAUGUAUCCGAACGUUCCACAACAUUGUGCCCUAUUGAACGCAACCCUGAUUUGCUGUGCUGUUGCUCAGUCCUCAGACACAGAGGAGGUGCUGGUGCCAGGCCGUAGGGCGUCGCUGUCCGACCUAGCCACGGCGGAGGACAUCGAGGCCCUCAGCGUCCGGCAGCUCAAGGAGAUCCUGGCCCGUAACUUUGUCAACUACAAGGGCUGCUGCGAGAAGUGGGAGCUAAUGGAGAGGGUCACCCGUCUCUACCACGACCAGAAGUUGCUCCAGAAUCUGGGUAAAAAUUAUUGUGAUGUAUGGUUGUUUUCCCUACCGGCAUCAUAGUUGAAUUGGGGUGUGUUUACUAGGAAUCAAACAGGACGAAACGGGGAGGGACAUAACUGAAUUUGUCCAAUAAGUAACUCUUGUUUUUGUUGAAAAAAAAUGUAUGUUGCAAAACAGUUUGCUACGGUGUGCACUAAUAAAUACACCCCAGAUAGUAAGUUGUUCUGGAUAAGAGUGUGUGCUAAAUUACUCAAAUGUAAAGGAGGACUGUAACAUGAGACAUCUAUUUGGACUUCUAUUACAGAAGCUCACUGUUUUCGCUUACUCACUUAGCCAGGUUGCAGCCAAUUGAAUCCUGUGAGAUAUUUUACACCUGGAUGACCACCAACACUUGCCCAAUCAAUUAGUGAAUAAUACCUACUGUAUGUCUGAGCCUGAACGGCCCAUGGGGCAGGAUCCUGUGUCUAGUGUGAGACAGCUUGAUGUACAAGUACACCCCCUGGACUGGAGGCUAGUCUAUCGCAAGGCCUUAACCCAAAUACUUAUCCUAAAUACCAAGCAGAGACAUCGGGUCUGACUUGGGUGGGGAUUGAACCCCCAACCUUCCAAUCUCAGGGUGGGCAUUUUAAGGCCUCUGAGCUGGUUGUGAAUUGGUGUGUAUGGUAGAGGUAUACCUUCCAAGUCAGGGAACAUCUUGGCCACUCAGGUAAACCUGAUAAUUAAAGGAGAAGUUUGCUUUUUUACAACCAAAUCUAAAUUUUUUAUAUAAAUGUUAUCCAGACACUUUUUGCGAUUUCACUUGUUUCUGAGAAACUUACCCUAACCAGCGAUUAACUUCCUCAUCCUUGUUGUGCAGUACAGGGGGCUCUGAAAAAACAUGAACAAAUGAUCCAAAAACACCAAAAUACGUCCUUUUAGAAACGGCAAUGCGCUCAGUAUAGUGAUGCCGGUCUUUAGAUGUCCGUUUUGUGUGACUCAAGCUGUUUCCCCUAUCCAGCUGUUCCAUUCUAUGUGUAGCCUGCUGCUAGAAUAGACGGAGAGGUAUCGCUCGAGUCGCAACAAACAACACUCGAGUCGCAACAAAAUAUAAUAUAACGUUGCAGAUAAAGUUCGGAAUGACGCAAUUUCAUGUGUACAACAUCUAAAGACCUGCAUCACUAUACUGAGAACUUUUCAGUUUCUAAAAGGAUGUAUUUGGGUGUUUUUUGUGUGGUUUUGUUCGUGUUUAUUCAGAGCCCCCUGUACUGCACAACAAGGAUGAAUAAGUGAAUUGCUGGUUGGGUAAAAACAUUUUAAAGUGUCUGGGCCCUUCUAUAACAUGCCAUUUACUUAAAAAAUAGAGAUUUGGUUGUAAAAAUGCAAAAUUCUCCUUCAAUUUAAACAAUGUACUCAAACAAGUGAAUACGGUGAGACCCUAUUACAAUUCAGUAACGGAGGUCUCGUAUGAGGCUAGAUUUGGGGAUGUCACAUGGGACAUUCAGUACAUGCAGUCGCCGCCACAGUGAAUAAAUCCCAAACCAGUCCCUUCCCCUUAGCCCUCGAUUUGCGCGUUGAGGUAGGCGCUAAUUAGAUUACAUACAUAAUUAUUAGACCCUCCGAUACCCACUUCAACCGAGGCAGCAACACUGCAGGCUCCAUGGCAAAGUGCUAUCCCAACCCGCACCGCAAUAUCUUUGUCAUUUGCACAACUUCAAAAAAAAUAUAUGGAAAGGCGUCUAAUGAUAUGGCACGUGCAUUUGUUUGUCUGAUUUCAAGGCUUGAUGCAACAAAUGAAAUCUCUCAAAUUAACCGUUUUACUGUUACUAAGGUUUACAUCUAGUUAAACAACUGGGAAUUUCUUAAUUUGAAUUUCUUGUUUUAUUAUUGCAUUUAAAAAAAUAAAUUGCAUAAUUCAAGGAAGUUUUUAACAUGCUUUUUUCCUUUUCUUUUUCCCGUUUCCUCCAGUUUCAAGUACAAAUGACGGCACAGGUGAGUUUCUUCUCCCCCCGUGCUUCCUGCAAUACAAAGCUCCCCAUGAUGAACGUUGGAACUCUUAAAGACUGAUCUCAUCCAUUUGGCAUGACAGUGGUGAUAGCUCAACCAUGGUGAAAGUGUCUUGAACAAUCAAUGAUCAGCUAUAAGUAUUAUAGCUCUCAGAUUAAUGACAGGUGGUUGAGUGUUAACAAGUUGUCUUUGGUCAACUGAGUACAAGCUAAUAUUUAAUGAGAUAUGUGUGUGUAAUGGUGUUUUGUCCCUUGUUUCUUUCUCCCAGACCCAAGUGGUACCCCUGGCCAGGAGGAGAACCUGUGUAAGAUCUGCAUGAACUCUCCCAUUGACUGUGUCCUGCUGGAGUGCGGCCACAUGGUCACCUGCACCAAGUGUGGCAAGCAGAUGAAGGAGUGCCCCAUCUGCAGGCAGUAUGUGGUACGGGCUGUUCACGUCUUUAGAUCCUGAGACCCAAGCCUUGGGAAUCCCCCCCCUCACCUCCCGUAAAUAAACAAGGGGCUUGCUACAUGUGGCCUUACCACCCAUAGACUAGACGGGGGGUAUUAAACUCUUACCCUACGAGGUCCGG